AUGACGCGCUCCCUUCAGCACGAGCCGCACGUCUCGUCCUGUCCUCCUGCUGCUGCUGCUGCUGCUGCAGCUGUGGGCAUUGUCACGAUCUGCGGCGGCGGCAACGGCGCCCACGUCGCGGCCGCGUACUUGGCGUCCAAAGGCGUGCGCGUGCAGGUGCUGACGCGCCAACCGGACCGCUGGGCGUCGACGCUCGAGCUCAGCACGGCCGGCAGUAGCUGGGCAGGUAAAGGGACUGUCACGGGCCGUCUGCACCGCGUGUCGUCGCACGCGCAGCACGUCAUCCCGCAGUCGGACGUUGUGAUUGUCGCUGCGCCGGCCCACGUCCACCCACUGGUCCUCGAGCACGUGAAGCCGUACCUCAAGAAGGGCGUCCAGCUCGGCACGUUGUUCGCCCAGGGCGGCUUUGACUGGGCCGUGCACAAGGCGCUGGGAACAGAGCGACUCGCCAACGUCGACUUGCUCUUUGGUCUGCAGAACAUCCCGUGGAUCUGCAAGGCGACCGAGUACGGCCGCAAGUGCCGCAUCAUUGGACCCAAGCAGUGCCUCUACGUGGCGUGCUACCCCGUCGAGCGCAGACACGAAGCCGCGACGCUCGUCCAGACGCUCUUCGACAUUCCGUGCAAGACGGUGGCCAACUUCCUCAACCUCACGCUCACGUCGUCCAACCAGAUCAUCCACCCAGCGCGCUACUACUCCAUCUUCCGCGACUGGGACGGCCACAAGACGUAUACGCUCGAGGAGCUCGAGACCCGCAAGGGCCUCACAUUGUACGCCGACUUUGAUGCGCUCUCGGCCGAGCAGCUCGCAAUGCUCGACAACGAGCUGCAGCAGGUCAAACACGCGCUGCUGCAGCGGUUUCCAGCCCUCGACUUGUCGGACGUGCUGCCCAUUGGCGACCGCAUCGUGCAGCACUACGGCAACGACGUGGCCGAUCGCUCGUCCCUCCUGCAGAUCUUCCGCACGAACUUGGGCUACGCCGGAUGUGCCACGCCGCUGACGGAAGUGGCAAAGGGGGCGUACCAUCCUGCAGUCAACUCGCGGCUGUUCUGGGAAGACAUUCCCUACGGCCUGUGCAUCUUGAAGAACAUGGCCGAGAUGCUGGGCAACUUGCCCACGCCGCGGAUCGACUUUAUGAUCCGCUGGCACCAGCGCCACAUGGGCGUGGAAUUCCUCACGCCGGACGGGCAGCUGAACGCCCGCGAGCUGUGGCGCACGGGCGCGCCCAACAAGUAUGGCAUCCACAGCCUCGACGACCUCGUUGCGACGUCCUUGCCCAAAGAGAUGCGCAACUACCGUCACCCGCGAUCGCGCAUGUAG